AUUAUUAGAAUCCACCCCUGCUGUUUAAGGAGAGAGCCAGAGAAACAGCUUUUGGAUCUCCAUGAUGACGGCGGCUCAUAUAGAUGUAGACCCAGCAAUAACCGAAGAAACGACGUCGAAUUCCCUCCUACGAAACACUCGUUGCUGCUUCUGUUUCCCUUGCUUCAGCUCCUCUCGUACGCCCUCCGUCGGCAUAGCCUUUUGGCACAGGAUAACCAGUACGUCGUCCCAGGUCCAGCCCCGUUCCGGCUUUUGGACCCGAAGCGUCGGAGUGCUCCACAAGGUUCGAGAAUGGUCGGAGAUCGUCGCCGGUCCCCGGUGGAAAACCUUCAUCAGGAGAUUCAACCGGAAUAAAAGCGGUAGCGGCGGUAGGCACGGCCAAUUCCAAUACGAUCCUUUGAGCUACGCUUUGAAUUUCGAUCAAGGACCGGGACAGAUUGGUGAUCUAGAAGACGUCGAUAAAGAGUACGGUGGGUUUCGAGCUUUCUCGACCCGCUACGCUUCGGUUUCUGGUCCGGAGAAAACGUCCCUGGCUUAAGACGAUGACGGUUACUGGUCUUAAACCGGAUGAAUCAUGUGAGCGUGAAUUGGACUCUCUGAAUCGAUGACGUCAUUGUGGAGCAGCUUAAUCGUUACUUUUAUUAUUAUUCUAAUGAUUUCACUUUGUAGGGUUUUUGUGUUUAUGGUUUUUUUUUUUUUUUUGAAAAUAAGAUGAAGCGUGUGGGAUUCAGA